AUGAAUAAUCUGUCACAUGAAGGGGCUAUUGAAGGAUUGAAGAAGCUUCUAAUUGACAAUGAAAAGGAUGACCAGUUGAACAAGGAGGUUGAGGCAAAAUUUGAGAAGCUGAUAGGUGAGUUGCAAGGGAAAAGGCCCCCUGAUCACUGUGAUCCAGUUGGAAGAAUUCUGGAUGGGUUUCAUCGCUUCAAGACCACUAAAUUUGACAAGUAUCCAGAGUUGUACCGUGAACUUGCAGAAGGCCAGUCCCCCAAGUUUCUGGUUUUCGCAUGCUCUGAUUCCCGGGUUAGCCCUUCUCAUGUCCUGGACUUCCAACCUGGUGAAGCCUUCAUGGUCCGCAACAUUGCUAACCUGGUUCCUGCAUUUAACCAGUUGAGAUACUCUGGAGUUGGAGCAGCUAUUGAAUAUGCUGUGGCGACUUUGGGGGUAGAAAAUAUCUUGGUCAUUGGACAUAGUUGCUGUGGUGGGAUAGCGAGGCUUAUGACUCUCCCAGAGGAUGGUUCGACUGCUAAUGACUUCGUAGAUGAUUGGGUCAAAAUCGGUUUACCUGCCAAGGCCAAGGUCAAAGCUGAGUUUGGGCAUCUUCCACUUCCUGAACAGAUCCAUAAAUGUGAAAAGGAGGCUGUGAAUUUAUCACUGAUAAACUUACAGACAUACCCAUAUGUUCAAGAAAGGAUGGCAGAGGGAGCUCUAGCACUGAGGGGUGGUUAUUAUGAUUUUGUUGAAGGGUGUUUCCAGCUCUGGGAGGUCAAGUCCACCGUUACGCCGCCCAUCUCCACGUGUUGCAAAUAGGUCAAGCCCAUCGUGACGCCAUCAAGAUUCAAGAUCCUCAGCCACAUAAUAUC